AUGGAUCCUCUGGUCACCCUCCCCAACGACCUAAUUUUCAUGGAAGUCUUGGUGCGACUGCCCGUGAAAUGCCUUGCGCGCUGCAAAUUCGUCAGCCCCAACUGGCGCGCCCGCAUAGAGGGCGCCGACUUCGUCAGCCACCACCGCAAGCGCUCCAGCGCGAGCCGGCCGUCCAUUCUUUUCAUCCCCCGCAAGCAUGGCAUCAAAGACGAAGAAGAGUUCUCCGACGACAUCAGCUUCUACCGCCUCGGGCCGGGACAGGAGCCCGACACCUUCGAGGACGAGGCAGAGCUGAUGCUGGAGAAGGCGUGCCCGCCCGAAGCGGCAGGCAUCACGAACGUGAUCUACCCCAUGCACUGCGACGGCCUGGUCGUCAUCGCGACCGGCACGGACCAGGUAUUCCUGUGCAACCCAGCCACCAAGGAGUUCGUCGCGCUGCCGCUCGGCACCCCGGACGUCGACAUCCACUGCAUGAGGCCUCCAUCGGCAGCCAUCGGCUUCGACCAGUGGAAGAACCAGUACGUCGUCGCCAGGUACUUCUACCGGCGCCGGUGCUACAAGAAGCCCAGCGGCAAGCUUGACUACGACAUCGGGCACGAGGUAUUCACACUCGGGAAUAACUCCUCCUGGGAAGCCACCGCCGACCCUCCUCACGCUAUCGGUGACACGCCACCGGUGUGCAUGAGAGAUGCCAUCUACUGGGGGUGCGACGGCAGGGAAGACCCCCGGCCGAGCUCGCUGAUGCGGUUUAGCCUGCGCUACAGGACGUUCGAUUUGGUGCCAUGCCCUCCUCGUUUCGCCUACAACUCUGGCAUCGAGCAUCUGGCAGAUCUGGGUGGCAAGCUGUGCCACGUCAACAUUGCGACCUCGAAGACGGCCUUUCACGUGUGGCAGCUGGCGGACGACGGUACACUGUGGUUGCCGCGCUGCCGGAUUUAUCCAGGUGAUGGUAGUUAUUUCGGCUUUGGUGCCUUCUUGCCGCUUUUGGCCGCCGGUGGCAGGAUGCUGACGAUGGUGUCCGACGUCGACCAGAGGUUGUACUGGUGCGAUGAGAAGAGCGGAGAUGUUGAAAAAGUGAUGAACCUGGAAGAUAUCGAUUUCGAGGAAUGGGACGACUCAAACUACUGCAUUCACCACGUCGUCCCUUAUAGGGAGAGUCUCAUCUCCAUCAGGAACUAUAUGGUGUAA